UAAACGGAGUAUAAAACUACAAAUCCCAGCGUUUUCACUUUCCAGAACAGUUCACGGGUUCAAAGCAGUGCAGUGUUUCCGCUUGGUUUAAAUGUGAUAAGAAGUAACUGGGGCGAUGGGUGACUGGUGUAGGGUGAUGCCUCAGGACUGGAAUAAGUAUGUGAACCACGAGGUGAGAGUGAGCGCGCAGGAUAAACAGCAGUAUGAAGGCUGGGUGUUUACAGUGGAUCCUGUGUCUGCAAGUGUGGUCCUGGUGGCCUUCCAGGAGUCAGGAGGAGCCAGUGUGAGGGUGGUGUUGGGCCAUGCUGUGAGGGAGGUGCAGGUCCUCAGGGAGGCAGAUGGAGAUACGGAGAAGAAGCUGAGGUCUCUCCUCACUCCUGCAGGCUGCCAGGUUUUCAGUGAUGUGGAGCUGAAGGAGCGUAAGGAGAGGCUGCACGGCUGGCUGGAGAAAAACCUCAUUCCCGUUACAGAUGAGGGUGACGUUCUGCGGGUGGCCAACGUGCUCACCAUCAGCGCCCCCUACGGAGCGGGGCAGUGCACCAGCAGCAAUGAAAUCAUUCUGGCUAGAGUGCAGAGCCUUGUGGAAAGCUGCCCUCAACAAAAGAACCAACAGUGAGCUGCAGGUCUAAGCACUCUGAGAUCUUCUAUCCUCUCUGUGAGAGCAGUGCUUUUCUAACCCUGUAUUAAGGGGAGUUAAGAGUUAAAUCCACUGGUCUGUGUUUAUACUUGUUUAGUACAUUUACACACAUGCACAGGAUACAGGCUGUUUUCUUAUGUGAUGGAUAUGUUUUUGAAUACAGUAAUAUAUCUAGACUGGUAUCACAAUAUUUCCCUUUUCUCAGGUUUAAUAAGUGGAAACAAAACAUUGUACAUUUGGUUUGAGACAUUGUAAAUUCUGAUUAUGCCCACAAUACAUGAAUAUAUAAAGUUUAUUACCACAGAAUGAGUGAAGUUAUUGUUAAAACAUUAGCACAGUUGUCUCCCAUCACUGAGGUCUUGGGUUCAUGUCCCUAUCUGGAUAGGGUUUCCAUGUUCUCCCUGUGUCAGUGCAGGUUCCUCCCAAAGUCCAAAAACACAGAGAUCGGGACAAUUGGAUUCUGUAAACUGCAUGUAUGACUCUGUUCUGGGUCAUUGCUUCACUUAGUGCCCAACAUGGAAGGUUGUUUCCAGUUGAGAGUAUGCUGUGUAUAAUUGGUUGCAGCUUGUGUGCGAGUGCUGUGUAUAAAUAAUUGAGUGUAUUUCAUGAUUGUAAAGUGUCCUUGCAUGUCUAGAAAGGUGCUAUGGAAGUGUAUCAUCAUCAUAAUAGCCAUUAGGACAACAGAUUUGUGUCAGUUUGGCACUAACCAGUAAAAAAGACUUUACAUUUCUCAAAGUUUCACUUUAACAGUCUUCGUCUUUGUAAAAAGUAUUUUUUGGAGCAUUUCAUCUGGUCCAUUCUUCAAAAACUUAAUCAGAAAAAUGUUAAAUUUACAUGGUUAAAAAAGCAUUGUGUAUGUAAACUGCAUGCUGAUAGAGGUUGCCUUACAUCCUAAACAGUUUGAGCAUUAUGCACAUUCUCUGAAAGUGGUUUUGGCAUUGUUUACUGUGUAUUUCUUUGCAUUUUCUUUUUUUCUGUUUCCAUUGUACAUAAUUUGGUAAGUUGAGAAAAUUAAAACAUGCUGAUUAGUUUUAAAAAGAAAAAUAGUUUAACAACAUUCAAAUAAAUGUUUGUAGCAUAAUGAAUGCUAUGUCUAUGUCUCUGUAUCUUUGUAAGAUCGAAUGUGUGGACGUUGGAUGAUUCUAGCCUUGAAUGAGGCAAUAGUACAAGUGGGUGCAUCCCAAUUGUGUACUAAUUACGAACUUAUUUUGGGAUUUGAUCAUAGAAAUAGUAGGAAAACUCAAAUGGUCGAUUUUUGAGUGUAGUUACGAUGGACGUUAUCCCACAAUGCAAUGUGAAACUGAAAGGGAGGAGCUACUCAGGCAGCUGCAAUGCCAACUGACAAAUGUUUGCACAGCAGCACCACUUAUUAACUCAUCUUGCACUAACAGGAAAUGAUAUGUUAAUAUUUUGUGUACUAACCUGUUAAACCUGCACUAUUUAAAUAGCCAUUGGAUAAAACCAGUUAUAAAUGAGGGAAUGGAAAUUCUCAGAACAUCUGUUACAGAUGAAGUUGUGCCCUUCAAGUUCACUAACACAAGUUAUAGUUUUGGUUGUUGGAUUGGCAUUUUAAUCUCUUGUGGAGCUUCAAACAUGUGUUGUUCAAACAUUGUGUUCUUCUCGAUUCCUUUAACAGUGGAACUUGCAGUUUUUCUUUUGAAUCCUGUACAUGCAGCUUGCCAUUGGCUACCAGAGCCCUGAGAGAGCACAGUUGGUUUUGCUCUCUCUGGAUGUGUAGAUGGCACGCUCUCCCCACAUUACUCCAGAGGGUGAUGUCGAUCAGCACAAGGCGUCUGUGAGCUGAUGUCUCAGAAUCGAGUCGCUGCACUUUCCUCCAAACGUGCUGUGAUGCAUCAGCAGCAGUUAGAAAAGAGCCGAUGGCUGACUUCACAUGUAUCGGAGGAGGCAUGUGCUAGUCUUCAUCCUCCUGGUGUUGGGGCAUCACUAGUGAUGGGGGGAGUCCUAAUGAGUGGGUUUGGUAAUUGGCCUUGUACAUUGGGGAAAAAUGGUAUAAAAGUUUGAAAUAAAAUUUGGAGACUAUAUUUAUGUAGGGUGCAUGGCAAAAAGAAAAUGUAAACCCUUUUUACAUGUAUUAACGCAGCACAUGUGAGGGGACUGUGACUGAGAAACUCAAGAAUUCAAAGUCUCUGAAGCAGGUUAAAGACAAUGCACAGCAUACAGUGGUAUAAACACUUUUAUUCCCUUGUUUUAAGAAGGCAAUCGUUUUUCUUUUUUCUUCUUCUUUACAUACUUAUUGGCAAAACAGAAAUGAUUCAGAAAAUAAACGUUCUAACACAUAAAGGACAAUCACUUUUUUCUGUGUGUUUCUUGAAUGCUUGAAAGUACCUCUUUGGUGUGGGAGGGUACCUUUGACUCGUGGUACUCUUAAGACUACUGGCACACAAACCGCUCCCCUUCAGUUUAGCGUGAAGCUAAAAACAAAGCCCAGAACGCAGCUCUCGGCUCAUGCCUGCAUCAAUCUCAGUCCCUUUUUUACUUUAAAACGUAAAUGAGGUGUGACGAACCCAAAGGCUGGUGGAGGAGGAGGAGGAGGAGGAGGAGUCCUAUUGGUUGUCCAGCACUGUGUUGGCCUCAGGAGUCCACUCCCAUUGGCAUGGACAGGUGUACAGUCUUUAUUCUGUCCCGGUUAGUGCCAAGUUGCUUUUUUUUUUCCCUCUCCUUGCGGAGAAACACCAAGCCGUGUUGAAUUUUUAUUUAUUUAUUUCUUUUUUUCUUUUUUCACGAAGUUGCUGUGGAGCUGGUUCAAACCUGUCUAGAGUCUUUUUGUUAUCCAGCAUGUUUUUUUGUUGUUUUUUUGUUACUGUUACAUGAUUUGUGUGUGUGUGUGUUUAAGUGUGUAAAUCUGGUCCUGGCUUAAACUGUGCAGGGGAGGGAAGGCCAAGUACUACUCAGGGACAAGUACUGCUGAAAAGAGGUGACAUAUAAAAACAAACAAACUGAAAUGAAAUAAACAAACGAACAACAUACAAUGACAAACACACACCAACAGCUACAUGAAAGACAAAGGAAGAAAAAAAAAACAAA